GACCUUUGAGAGCAUCAUGCUCCAUCAUUGUCAACUGCAUUAGCUCGUCUUAAACUGAAUUCAGCGGUUAUAUAAUAAGGGUCUUCUAUCCCUUCCUCACCACAACAUGCAAUCGCACAACCGCUCGCUUUCAUCCGCCAUGAUUAGCCAUGAUUUACAAGACUGGCUAACACGGACUUCAGCUGAACCUGCCCCACUACCUAAUUGCUGCUGCGAACAAUCCACUUGCGCUAGCUCAGAAUUAUUCCACGAUACUAUAAAGCGACUUGAAGGAGAAUCAAGACUAGCUGCAGAGAUAGGACAAAGUUUAUUAUUAAAGUAUGAAAAGUUUGUGCAAGAAGACGAACAAAGGAGACGUGAAUAUGAGCAAAAGGUGAGAAAGACGGCCAACAUGCUGCUGAAUUGUUUAAUCUAGGCUAACCUAUCUCUAAUAUUUCCUUUUAGCUACUCAAAGCAGAAGAAAAAAUCAAGAAACUUCGUUCAAUUAAUGACGAUC